ACAAGCCGUCAGCAUGUUUAUCGUGUUUGAAUAAUUAAAUUACAUGUGAAAUUCUUCUGUGUCCACAUUCGCGUAUCCAAUAAAUUCAGUAUGUCACCAAAUCGAAGAAAUAAAGAAGGUUUACUCGCAAGAGUUAAUUUUCCGUUGUACGUAGUUAAAAUGAUAACAAAUCAUCAUAUACUUGUCGCAGGAGGAGGUGGCUCUUCGAAAACAGGCGUCGCCAAUGGUUUUGAAAUAUUUGAGUUAUCUCAUGAUGGAGAAAAGUAUGUUGCUGAAGAAGUUAUCCGUCAUGAAACAGGUCCAAGUGUAGUCAUGAACUGUGCGUCUUAUAAUAAUGGUAAACGGACCUUUUUGGUAGCUGGUCAGGAAAGCCAUUGCCAACUGUACACGGUAAACAUGAAGGUUGAAUAUGAAAAUGACGGAACAGUGCUGAAAGACCACAAAAAUGAAACAGUAAGUAGUAGAAAACGAAGUACUGAUCCACAUGAGAAGAUCCAAGAAAUAAAACCUACAAAAGAGAAAACUGACAGGAACAGCAAUUCCUUCCAUCGACUCGUAUUUGAUAUUAAGCCAAAUGACAGCAUACAGACUGAUUUUGGUGACGAUGAGCCAUUACAACGAGUUGUUCGAAUAAGUCUUUCUGGCAAACUUAUGGCUACAGGAGGCACUGAUGGCCAUAUUCGUCUUUGGCAGUUUCCUUCAUUAAGAAAACACCUCGAUAUUGCUGCCCACAAGAAAGAAAUUGAUGACAUUGACUUCAGUCCAGAUGAAACAAUGGUAUUAAGUGUAUCGAAAGAUGGACUUGCUGUAAUUUGGAGUACACAGACAGGAAAGAAGCUGUCUGAACUAAAAUGGAAUGCACCAGAAAAUGUCAAAUAUCUAUACAAGAGAUGCAGGUUUGGAACAACUGAAGGAAACUCAAAAAAUAGCUGUUUGUUUACUCUAAGCAACCCUUUUGGAAAAGCUGGGAAGCUAAAGUCAUAUCUUCAAAAGUGGGAUCCAGCAGAGGCAUCACUCAAAAAGUCGUUUGAAUUUGAUGAAAGUCUUUCUGCACUUAGUGUGUCAGAUGAUGGCAAAUUUGUAGCAGUUGGAACUAUGUUCUCUGGUAGUGUGCACAUACAUAUUGCAUUUAGUUUGCAGCAAGUGCUGAAUGUGCAAGGUGUCCACAAUAUGUUCGUUACUGGCCUAGAAUUCCUCCCAAGUGACUGUUUAGGAGGAUAUGAAACAGCUGUUAUCAGUAUUUCUGUGGAUAACCGUGUCUGCAUACAUCAUGUUCCAUUUAGAAGUACAAUACCGUUAUGGCUGGCGGUCCUGCUCGUGGUAAUAACACUUGUUCUCACAUUCAUGCUUUGCAGUUUUUUGGGUCUCUGAUUUCAAGAAGAAAUAGCCCAAAAAGUUAUUUUAAAAUCUGAGACAAAGUUGCAACUGCCUGUUGCUAAGUUGUUGAAAUGAGUGAGAGACUACUGAACAUAAUUUUGUACAUAAAGCCUUUUUAUGGAAACUUUUUAUUGUUGAUGAACGCCAUUCGUAGUGAAAGGCUGCAGAAUUCUGUAGUUCCCUGUGGUCCAAGUACAAAAGAUGCUGUGGAGGAACUGAAAUAUUUCAUAUUGUAAGAAAGAUAUUUUUCAAGGCAGCAUUGGUGCUACAUUCCUGUGCUUGCUUGGUGGGAUGUACAUAUAGUGUGAAAUCUCAGUUAAUGAAGGCAAAGCUGUGAACAUCACUACUGUAUUGUUAUGCUAGGAAUUCUUGUAUCUUAACAGAUGGUGCACUUAAAUAAUCUGCAAUUUGCCUUUUAUUUCUGGUGUUUUGUUUUUAUUUUAUGAGCAAUAGUGCUGUAAUCACCAGUGUUAAGAUAUGCUGCUACAGAAACACUUUGUUAAUAAACAUGUAACAUAGUACUGAAUAAUACUGGCAGGUAGGAAAGUGAACAUCUUAGAUGUUCACUUUCCUUUUUAAUCUGUUUAUAACAACUAAGGGAAAAAUGUAUUUUAUUCAUUACAACUCAUUUAUUUAAUAUAAGAUACCUUCAGGUGUGUUUCUAAGGUGUUCUUUGGGUUUUAAGAAAGAUAUACCAUGUACAUUUAUUUUCUUAUUUAUUUAUGUACAAAAUAGUUAACACACCCUUCUUCUCACUGAAGAGUGGAAGGGUGUUAUUUGUUCCUAUAAACUGUGCAAAAGUAAGAUAUCAUUACAUGUAAUAGACAGUUUGUCUUUGUCAAGGAUAUCUCCUACUUCUAUCCUUUCUGAAAGGAUGUAGUAAACAAUUCUAUAUCUUGAUGUUUAAAUACUUUUAUUUAUCAUUGUGUUCUUGUGUUUAUUUCAUCUUUCUGUUCAACUUUUAAUGCUAUACUAAAUGUUGUUGUACCUAUGUACUAAAUGUUGUUGUAAAUUCUGACGUAUCCCUGUCAUGCAGAAAUUUUUCAAUUUGAAGAUUUCCAAUGAAAUAGUGUUUAUUUGCAGGCAGGUAGUUUUGUGUCCGAAUCUAAAACAUCAUGUAACUGGUGCCACCUUCUCAUACUGUACAUAGUAUUAUGAAAUCUUUGUGCUGUUGUAUGAUGGCUUUAAUUUGAAAUUAAGUGUGACCACCUCUAACUCCAUGUGAGACAUACAAGUUCCAGUUGUACAGAUAUCAGUGAUAUAAGUCUGCUGGGUUUCACUGAGUGUCUCUCUCUCUCUCUCUCUCUCUCUCUCUCUCUCUCUCUCUCUCUCUGCCCCCUCCCUCCCUCCCUCCCUCCCACUGUCUUCUGUCUCCACCUCCUGACUUGGAUACCUCUACCGUAGCUCCUAAAGAAAUGUGAACGUAUCUGUUACAGUGUCUCUUCUAGAUAAUUUCUUGCCAGAUAUUAUUUUGCUGCUAGGCUCUCUUUAACAUCCUGAUUUUACAGGACCAAAUACAGAAAUGCAAUAAUUGUAAGAAGUACAAAUGAAUUCAUUUAAGUAAUACUGUCCACGCUUUUUAUGAGAGCAGUGUGGACGUUACACAUUUAUAGAAGUUUCUCAAAUUUUCUUGCAAUAUAUAUCACUGGUAGAAACUUUUACAUAAACUGUUUUACUAUUAGCAUUGAUGCACAGCAAUCAAAAUGUAUGCACUUGAAUGCUUAAAUCAAAAGGUGAUUUUAUAGUCUUAGUUAGAACAGGAUGUAUCAAUUUGUGUGUUAUAUUUGGCUGGGUGUAUCUAUUUUUCAAAUGAUCUUAUGCCUAAUUGGCAUGUCUACAUUUUAAAUGUUGUGUAGUGAUGAUUUUUUUUAAGUCACUGUGUUGUAUUAUUGAUGUUGUUCUAUCCUCUUCAUAGUGAGUGAAGUAACUGUAUAUUUUUGAAAUAAUAAUUGGAGAUACAUGAUGGUAUGUUUGUGGCCUUUAUAUAAAGAAAUAUGCACCUGUGUUCACAAUGACAAAGUCAAUGAUAAUUAUCCUGUUAUACUUUGUA